AUGCGCUUUGGCCCACCCAGCCGCUCUGCUAAAAGGUCUGCGAAGCCACGUAAACCAUCGCCCUCGCCACCUCGAUCACCCUCUCCAGAGUUACAUGUUGCCCCGCGUUCACCGUCACCGCCUCUCGUCAUAUUUCCUGCCCCUUCAGUCGAUCCCCCUAUCACUCCCCGAAAGCCAAAGAAUCAGACGGUUCCAACUCCUCAGGCAUCCCCUUCUCGUCGUCCUCAUGGUCUUCCCGACCAUCUUCAUUCCUGUCUCAAUGCUCAGAAACGUGCUAUACUGGCUGCUCUACGGGCCCCACCGCCUCCAGAGUCUGAUCGCGACGCCGAGUAUCCUCCUGCGAAUGACUUGGCAGCUCAACAGUUGCAAGCUUUGCUGUCCGGAACCGUCGACCGCGGAGAGGGCAACAGUUGUCUCAUAGUAGGCCCUCGUGGAAGUGGCAAAACACGCAUUGUCGACGACGCAAUAGCCAACCUAUCUCAGGAGCCUAUUCUCAUUCACCUUUCUGGACAUGUUCACACCAACGAUCGUCUCGCCAUACGCGAGAUCGCUAGACAAGUCUCAAAGCAGACAGGGAAAUCGUUCGAGACGGGCUCGGAUGAGAACGAAGAAGAUGAUGGUCCUUUUGGCGACACAGUUCAGGAGCUGACUUUGCCCCCACCAUCACAUCUUCCUAGUCUUAUUUCAUCUCUACCGACCCUUGCUCGCCCAACUAUCGUCGUCCUCGACGCCUUCGACCUAUUCGCCCUCCACGGCCGUCAAGCGCUACUUUACUGCCUCCUUGACACAGCACAGAGCUGCCGUGUGGGCCAUGGAACGCACGGGAUCGCGAUCGUUGGCGUAUCCACUCGCGUUGACACGAUCAAUCUCCUCGAGAAGCGUGUUAAGAGUCGAUUCUCGGGGAGAAUGCUGAGGACUGCGGGGCCUUCCACCGUCGCGGAGUGGAACGAUAUCGCAGAGAAGGUACUGCGCGUGUCUGUGGAUGGAGGUAUCUCUGAAGAGUUCUCAGAGAUGUGGUCGAACGCUAUAGAUGGGUUUUUGGCGGAGCGGACGGUCAAGUCGUUGUUGUCCGAGACUUUUGGGAUUACUAGGGACGUUAGGAUGUUGGGUCAGAUAUUGACGAACAUAAUCCUCGAGUUGUCACCCAAGUCACCUUUCCCUACGGCGAAUCAUCUCUCUUCCGCAAUCGCAGCACAAAGAGGUCCACCUGAAUACCCAUUCCUCUCAUCCUUACCAUACCCCUCAACCUGCCUACUCAUUUCUGCCAUCCACGCGCGCACAUGUGGCCACGAACAAUUCACGUUCGAGAUGUUGCACGACGCCGUGAGCAAUCAGAUACGGAUCUCGAAGGCUGCACGGGUCGAGGCUAUCGGUAUGUUGCCUUGUAGUCGGUCCGUUCUCAUGACAGCAUUCGAUCACCUCAUUGCCACGAACGUGUUUGCGCCAUGUCCUGUUCCUGCAUCCAACAACCCCGGACGGGAGUUCAUGAAGUAUAGAUGCAUGGUGGAGUGGGAUGAUGUGAAGAGGGCGGUGGAUGCGAAGGGGCAGACGAAUCUGAAGAAGUGGUUCACGAAGCCAACCUAA